AUGGGAACAAGUCAAAUUCAGAAAAUUCUUCCGGUCCAAUUAAAAAAAACAUGUAUCUCAAUAAUAUCCGGACAGUUAUUAUCUAUACUGAUUGGUCUUACUGCAAUAUGUAAUGGUGUACUUUCUAAAUAUAAUAUAAAUUUACCAUUAACUAUAAAUUUUCCACAUUAUUUUUUAUUAUUAUUUUUCUAUGGAGUUCCUUAUCUUUGUUUUAAUCUAUUUAAGAAAUUAACUCACUCUAAUAAUAAUAACAAUAAAAAUGAACCGAUUAGUAAUACUUUAAAUUACAAUAUCAAUGAUAGAACUAUUACAAAUUAUAAUAGUAAUCCUAUUAUUGACAAUGAACAAAUUAUUAUUUUACCUAAUUCUGAGAAAACUUUUAUGCAAUCAUUAUUAGUUCGUUUUAGCUUUUAUUCAUUAAUUGCUAUUAUUGAUGUUCAUGCUAAUUGGUCCAUUGUAACUGCAUAUGCGUAUACAAGUGUAACUAGUAUUCAGUCAUUAGAUUGUAUCACUAUACCAACAGUUGUAUUAUCAAGUUAUUUUUUUUUAUCUUAUCGCUAUUCAUGGAAUCAUUAUAUUGGAAUAAUUUCAUGUUUAAUUGGUGCUACUGGUAUGAUACUCACAGAUUAUUUUAUACAAUCAUCAAAUCAGAACAUUGUUCAUUAUGGCAAUACAAGUGAAAUCCAUUUGAAUCAAUUAUAUAAUAGCACUGUAAACAAUCAAUUAUUUACUGCAAAACAAAUUGUAUUCGGUGAUUUCCUAGUUAUUAUUGGAGCUAUUUCAUAUGGAUUAUCAAAUGUUCUACAACAAUAUCUUGUUCUAAAAUAUGGCAUUGUAGAAUUUCUUAGUUGUGUUGGUUUAACAGCAUCGAUCAUAACAUUAAUUUAUACUAUUUCAAUUGAGAAACAUUCAAUCAGCAUGAUGCUGUUUAAUGUUACGUCUAUAGAUUUAACAAAAGUUACUAGUUGUUUCAUUGGUUAUGCUUUGGCAAUGUUUCUAUUAUAUUCUUUAAUGCCAUUAAUUUUAAUGCGUUCAUCUGCUAUUCUAGUAAAUUUAUCAUUACUUACAUCCGAUGUUUAUGCUGUAUUGAUGGAUAUUUUUAUAUUUCAUCAUAGUUUUCAUUAUUUAUACAUUUUAUGUUUUCUAAUAAUUUUACUCGGCGUUGGUGUAUUCAAUGUAAAUGAACCAGUUAUUACUGAUAAAAAAGAUCACCAAUCGAAUUGUUUCCACUUGAUUUCACAGAAAACUAA